UUCUUGUGAAAUUUGGACUUUUCCAUCUCAAACCAUUGGAUCUGAUUUUGACUGCGUAAGAUUAUCCUUUCUUCUGUUGUUUUAAUGAUUGAUCACAGAGUAAACAAGUGUUCCGUUUGCAGUCCAUUUCCCGGCACUCAAUUUUUCUUUAACAUGUCCGCUCUGUUCAUAUGAAUUCUAUAAUGUUUAAAUGAAUUCGCUUUGAGUAUUAUCAUUUUAAGCUAUGAGAUGGUUGUUGUAUUGCUGCUUUACUGAAACCAACAAUCUUUAAAAAGCUGUUAUUGGUGGUUGGAAGAUUCAACAUGAUCUUUACUUCGUCUGAAAAGAACUUAUUUUAUUGGUUUAUUGGUUUUCUAAGUCUGCCACUAGUUACAGAGUGUGACAAAAUCCGGCUGGUGGGACCUUCAAGGUGCUCUGGUAGAGUGGAGAUCUUACAUGAGAAUACCUGGGGUACCGUGUGUGACGACCAGUGGAGCAUCUCCAAUGCAGAGGUGACGUGUCGAGAGCUGAGCUGUGGAACGGUGCUGGAAACCAAAGCUGGGGCCUUCUUUGGGCAGGGGAAAGACCAGAUCUGGUUGGACGAUGUGCAGUGUUCUGGACAUGAGUCUUCUAUCCUCAAGUGUCUCCACAGACCCUUUGGGGAACACAACUGUGGCCAUGGAGAAGAUGCAGGAGUCAUCUGUUCAGAAUAUUUGCGACUGGUGAAUGGCAGUAACCACUGCAGUGGUCGAGUGGAAAUCUUCCGUAACGGCCAUUGGAAGAGGGUGUGCUCAUUGGACUGGGGGGAGAAGGAGGCAAGUAUCAUCUGUAAGGAGCUGCACUGUGGUCCUCCUGAUCUUUCUCAAACACUCCUCUUUGGAGCUGCAGCCGUAGAAGGCGGAGUCAAAACCAGCUGUGCAGGAAACGAGACCUCUUUCUCCAAGUGCAGUCAUCAAGAACUGCAGGAACGCUGUGUGGAUGCUACUGUUGUUUGCUCAAACCGUAAACCAAUCCGAGUGGUCAAUGGAACCACCAGGUGCUCGGGUCGAGUUGAGAUCUACCAUGCUGGACAGUGGGGCACCAUCUGUGAUGAUCACUGGGGCAUGCAGGAGGCCAAUGUAGCCUGCCGGGAGUUAGACUGUGGAAAUGCAGUGGCGGUCAAAUACAAAGCAUUCUAUGGCAAGGGCACUGACCAGGUUUGGAUGGAUGAUAUUGACUGCACUGGGAGGGAAAAUGCUCUGUCUGAGUGUCCACACAGAGGUUUUGGGGAGAAUGACUGUGACCACAAUGAAGAUGCAGGUCUAGUAUGCUCGGAAUCAGUCAGACUGAUCAACGGCACUGACCGCUGUUCUGGCAGAUUGGAAGUUUUUCAUAAUGGUCAAUGGAGCAAGAUCUGCAACAGUAACUGGGGCAGCACCCAAGCUAAGAUAGUGUGCAGGGAACUGGAAUGUGGAGCCCCUCAACAGCUUCAUGAAACUCUGAAUUUUGGAGACAGUGGGGCACAAAGAGGUUACACAGCCAGCUGCUCUGGAAGUGUGGACUCAAUCUCUCAAUGCAGAAUACAGGAGAGCAGAGGGUCCUGUGAUGGAGUUUUUCUGUCAUGUGCAGGUGUGCAGCCCUUGAGGCUGGCCAAUGGUACUGGCCGCUGCUCUGGCCGAGUGGAGGUGUUUCAUGAUGGUCAGUGGGGAACUGUGUGCGAUGACAUGUGGGACAUACAUGAGGCUGAGGUUGUGUGCCGCGCCAUGGACUGCGGCUCUGCUCAGAUGGUCACAUUCAGCGCCUUCUUUGGCCAGGGUGAUGGGAACAUCUGGCUCGAUGACUUGAACUGUUUGGGAAAUGAGUCCUCUCUUGUGCACUGUCAGCACCCUUCUUUUGGAGAAAAUAACUGUGGUCACGGGGAAGAUGCUGGUGUUAUCUGCUCAGAAAAUAUCCGACUGACCAAUGGGACAGACCAGUGCUCUGGCCAAGUGGAGAUCUACCAUAAUGAGAUGUGGUCCGCUGCUGUGAAUGUAAACUGGGGAAUGAAUGAGGGUACGGUGAUUUGUAGAGAAAUGAACUGUGGGGACGCUUUGUCUGUGUCGGCGUCUGGGUCUCGCAAUGAGCUGCUGGGAGGUGUCAAAGUCAGCUGCAGUGGCAGAGAGAGUGCUGUCACUGAGUGCACACUCCGACAGUACACCAGGACUGGCAGUGGCCAUCUUGGACAGGCCUCUGUAGUUUGUUCAGGUAAUGUAAAAUUAAUGGAUGGGCCCAAUCGCUGCGCUGGCAGAGUGGAGGUGUACAAAAAUGGCCAGUGGGGUAACGUGUGUGGGGAGUCAUGGGACCUGAAUGACGCCUCAGUGGUCUGCCAGCAGCUCAAGUGUGGGAAAGAACACAGGAUCAGCACCGCUCCGGACUACGGCCAUGGGUCAGGGCAGGUCUGGGUGGAGCAGAUCGAGUGUAGUGGGCGAGAGACAGCCAUAUCUCAGUGUCCACAAAAUCCAUUUGUAGACAGGACCUGCAACAUAACCUCACUGGCUGGAUUGGUUUGUUCUGACAGCUUGAACGUUCGUUUGGCUGAAGGAAGCGACGCUUGCUCUGGGAGGGUGGAGGUGCUGUCUGGUGCAGUUUGGGCGACCGUUUGUGAUGUGGAUUGGACACUUGAGAAAGCAGAGGUGGUGUGUGAGACCAUUGAGUGUGGAUACGCCGUGAAUGCACCCGGGGAAGCCCACUUUAACCCAGGAACAGGGCUCGUUAUAGACUCCAUCAACCCAUGUUUUACAAACAAGACCAAUCUGCAGAAUUGUGUUAAAAAUGGGUUCAAAACAUCUACGUGUGGACAUGAGAGAGAUGCCGGAGUUGUUUGUGCAGCUUCAAUUCGAGUUGUGGGUGGCUCAAACUCCUGCUCUGGGCGAGUAGAGAUCUUCCACAAAGGCCAGUGGGGAACAGUGUGUGACGAUGACUGGACAUUGCAAAAUGCUAAAGUUGUGUGCCGACAGUUGGGCUGUGGCCAGGAACUGUCUGCUCUCACCAAUGCCCACUUUGGGGCAGGUGAGGGUCCAAUAUGGCUGGACAAUGUGGAAUGCACUGGAGAUGAGUUAGCUCUGUCGCAGUGUACACAUCCAAAUUAUGGAAUAAACAAUUGUGGCCACAAUGAAGAUGCAAGUGUCAUCUGUUUAGGUGCUCUCCACAAACCACAGUUAACCCUGAGCCCUGGUCCCGAGGUGAACUGGGGUGACCGAGUGGAGAUGACCUGCACUGUGGUCACAGAACAGCUGGGCGGGACAUUUGUGUUGAGUAACAGUCAAGGAUCUUGGAAAACUGAAAAGUUUUCUGAAAGUGAAGCUGCAGUCUUUGUCCUUCCUAAAGUCAACUUCACUCAAAAAGGCUCCUACUUCUGUGAAUUUAAGAAGAAACUGCAAAAUCAAGUCAUCAGUUUCCCUCAAUCAAAUGUUGUUGAUUUGACCGUUAAAAUCAAAUUGGAAAAACCCAGCAUCACCUUGACCUCCCCGCACGCCAUGUUGAUCUACAGCCCUGAGAAGUUAUCGAUUAAAAAAGGGGACUACUUUUUUAUCACUUGCUCUGUUCAUUCUACCUAUCCUGGAGGCUACUUUUACCUCACCAAAUCUAACACCAGCAGAAGUGAACCCAAAGCAGCAUUUGGUCAUUCUAUAUUUUACAUGGCCAAUUUUGAAUUUCCAUCAAUACAGUAUGAACACCAAGGACUGUAUAGCUGCGUGUAUGCCAUGAACAUCUCGUCACAAUCUUUCUUUUCAGAUGAAUCCAAAACUAUUCAAGUCACUGUAGUUGAUGGUUCCUCUUCCUCCACUGUCUCUGGUAUUAUUGCUGGUGUAGUGGUAUUGGUGAUAGUACUGGUCAUCGGUUACAUGCUCUGGAGGAGGAGGAGAUGGGGUGCUGGUACCAUGGUGACCUUUAAUAACAAGUUGGAUGGAGCAAUACAACAAAAUAUGGAAGAGAGAAGGAACAGACCUUUAGACAACAGCAGACACCCUGGUGCCCAGACUCACCGGGAAUUCAAUCGUGUUUUGGAGGAUAAAAAUGCAGAGGUGGACUUGGAUAACACUGUGGAGAGGGUCCCUGAAGAUUUAGCUGGUAGAGUUUGUUAUGAGCUCGAACCACUUGUUACUCCAUAAAUCUUCAUUAGAAUAAAGCCAGUAAAUUAAGUUUUAGUAGAAAAAAUCUCUAGAGCUAAUUUUGGGCAUGUAGUAAUUAGGGAGUGUGACGUUAAAUUGUUCCAGAAGCAAUAAUUAUAAAACCUAUUGAGUUGACAUCGACUGUAUGAUAGGCUAAUAAUAAUUUGAACAGCAAUUUUUAUGUAUCGUUUCAAUUGUUCUGACAGUGGUAUAUGAGGAAAACUUGUCAAGACAGCAUAGUGUCCACUAUGCUAUUAUGCAAGCUUUGUUUUGUAUUCCUCUUUUAUUAAAAAAAAAUAGUACUUUCUUUUCAUUUACAUUUCUCAUCUCACUAUAUAUGUUAAAAUGUGGUUUAGUGCAGUUUGUCAAAAAUAAAUAUGGAUGGAGCUGCUUUAUUACAUUUUGACUAUAUCAGAAUAAUUUCAUAAUGAUUAUGUUUCAGGAAUAAAAUUUUAUCAACACCAGUGAUCU